AUGGGGCCCCAUUGUGUUGAGGUGCCCAAAUUCAGAUUUCACAGCAAAUUGUGGCUAGAUCAAAGACUUCCUAAACCAGGAAGUCUUCAGCCUUGGAUCCAGAUUAUAGACAAUAUUAUCGAAGAGAGCCAGAAAGCACGCCGACUAGAGAAUGAUGUUUUGGAUGCAGCAGUAAAGGAGCUGUCUGACCCCGCAUCACAUGCCAAUACCUGGAUUUCUGGAGCAGACAUUCUUCAGCAUAUCCCUGAACUGUUGGUUGCAGAAACAGCCUUAGAAGGACGUAAUGAAGAACAUUCAAUUCAGACCCCGUUCCUGGCAAAUGAAACAGGGUACAGGCAGGUUCUGCCGCCUUGCGAUGAUGCACCAGAGCAUCGAGGUGGGGAAGCCACUAAUAAAUCUGCAGAACCUGCAGAUAAGCUCCAGGAGUUCAAGGCAGCAGAAACCAAUGAGCCAGAAGAGGGAUCAAAGAGGGAGGAUGCGGCUGAUGCAAGGGAGUCAGAGAUCUUGGAUCAGGGGGCCUUGGAUUUCUUGCCCCCCAAAGAUUUCUCCACAGCAGAGGAGCCGCCUCCAGCCAAACCCCCAAGGCAGCUCACCGCAGAGCCAGACAUAGUUGCCAGCACAAAGAAAUCUGGACCCACUCGCCCUCCCCCUCCAGCAAGCUUCCCCCCUCCCCGACCACCACCCCCAGCACGGCCCGCUCCACCACCGAGGAAGAAAAAAAGCGACUUAGACAUUGAGGUGCAAAAGAUACCUGGUCUUGAAGUUCCCAGAGAGGCCUUUUCAGCUGGUGGGCUCUUAUCUCCAAAUGUACCCUCAGAUUCCAUGGCCAAAGAUUCUCAUCCGUCUUUGGAUCUCGCAAGUGCAACAAGCGGAGACAAAAUUGUCACGGCCCAGGAAAAUGGGAAACCGGCUGAUGGACAGACGACAGCGAGUGAAGUCAUCGGGCCUCAGAGACCCAGGUCUAAUUCUGGCAGGGAGCUCACAGAUGAGGAAAUUCUGGCCAGUGUCAUGAUAAAGAAUCUCGACACCGGGGAGGAGAUCCCUUUGAGUUUGGCAGAGGAGAAGCUGCCCACAGGCAUCAACCCUUUGACAUUGCACAUCAUGAGGCGGACUAAAGAAUAUGUCAGUAAUGACGGGGCCCAGUCUGACGAUGAAGACAAAAUGCAGUCUCAGCAAAGUGACAUAGAUGGAGGACGCUUAAAACAGAAAACGACACAGCUUAAAAAGUUCUUGGGCAAAUCAGUCAAGAGGGCAAGGCAUCUGGCUGAAGAAUACGGGGAGCGUGCUGUCAAUAAAGUGAAAAGCGUUCGAGAUGAAGUUUUCCACACCGAUCAAGAUGAUCCCUCCUCGAGUGAUGAUGAAGGGAUGCCAUACACGAGGCCGGUGAAAUUCAAAGCAGCGCAUGGCUUCAAGGGGCCUUAUGACUUUGAGCAAGUAAAAGUCGUUCAGGACCUCAGCGGGGAGCACAUGGGGGCGGUUUGGACAAUGAAGUUUUCUCACUGCGGCAGGUUGUUGGCUUCAGCGGGACAGGACAACGUUGUAAGAAUCUGGGUGCUGAAGAACGCUUUCGACUACUUCAAUAACAUGCGAAUGAAGUACAACACAGAAGGCCGAGUAUCGCCCUCCCCAUCUCAAGAAAGUUUGAAUUCUUCCAAGUCAGAUAAUGAUGCAGGGGUUUGCAGCGGGACUGAUGAGGACCCUGAUGAUAAGAACACACCAUUUCGUCAGCGGCCAUUCUGCAAAUAUAAAGGACACACGGCGGACCUCCUUGAUUUGUCAUGGUCUAAAAAUUACUUCCUGCUGUCUUCUUCCAUGGACAAGACAGUCCGGCUGUGGCACAUAUCCAGGCGGGAGUGCCUGUGUUGUUUCCAGCACAUCGACUUUGUCACUGCUAUUGCAUUCCAUCCGAGGGAUGACAGAUACUUCUUGAGUGGUUCCUUGGAUGGGAAGCUCCGACUUUGGAACAUUCCUGACAAAAAAGUGGCACUGUGGAAUGAAGUGGACGGGCAGACCAAGCUGAUCACAGCCGCUAACUUUUGCCAAAAUGGCAAAUACGCCGUGAUUGGCACCUACGAUGGCCGGUGCAUCUUCUAUGACACAGAGCAUUUGAAGUAUCACACGCAAAUACAUGUGCGGUCCACCAGAGGACGAAAUCGAGUCGGAAGGAAAAUAACUGGAAUCGAGCCUCUGCCGGGUGAAAAUAAGAUCCUAGUGACGUCAAACGACUCCCGAAUCCGGCUGUAUGAUCUACGAGAUUUGUCGCUGUCCAUGAAAUACAAGGGUUAUGUCAACAGCAGCAGCCAAAUCAAAGCUAGCUUCAGCCAUGACUUCACAUACAUUGUUAGUGGGUCAGAGGAUAAAUAUGUUUACAUCUGGAGCACCUACCAUGACCUGAGCAAGUUUACAUCUGUAAGGCGGGACCGAAAUGACUUCUGGGAAGGUGUUAAAGCACAUAAUGCAGUUGUCACAUCAGCAAUUUUUGCCCCAAAUCCCAGUUUGAUGGUAUCGGCAGAAACAUCUGAAAAACAAGAACCCGAAAACAAAAGUGAUGACUUGGAAGCAGCUGAUACCAUCCCUUCUGGGGCUUUGAAGACGGAUCACGCAGAAGUGCUUCUUUCAGCUGAUUUUACUGGAGCCAUCAAAGUCUUCAUUAACAAAAAGAAAAAUGUAUCUUAAAAUCAUUGGUAACUUGAAAGCAUCAUGACAACGGUACCUGAGUGUGAAUCAUGUGAUCGGUGAAGCAAAGCAUAAUAUAGUGUCGGAGGCUGACCUUUUUUAAAAACAAAACACAAACCUUCAGUUUUCAAGCUGCUCCACUAAAGACCUCUUGGCAAAGCGGCAUCCCGAACUAUUGACUGCCCUGUCUUGUAGAGGAGAAAGGGAUGUGGUCAAGGGACGUUGCCAAUCAACUUGUCAGCAUUCUGUUUUCUGAAUAAUUGUUUUGCUGAGUAAUUGUUGCCAUGUGCCAGAUUAUUGUGCAAGAAAAAGGGCAAGGGGAGAUUCGCACAUGUAUGUGCCUUUUGGGGGCUGAACACAGGCAAAUGUUUAAUUUAUUGAGCAAUGCCCGGGAAGGGGAGCCAGGAAUCUGAUGUCUUAUUAAGAAGGCUAAGCUGGUCUAGGAUAGCAAAUGAGGUCUCUCCCCGAAUCCCACUUCUGAUGAAACUGAUCUGUUUUGAAUUUGUGUUUAACGGAGCUAAAAUCCCGUGGCUGGAUCCCUUUACGUUUUGUGAAGUGCUUUCCUCCCCCACUCCCACCCCUGGAUGGGCCAGCAGCAGCCGUGUGUGGAUGUUUUAUAAUGUGGAUUUCUUUUUUGCUGUCUUCUAAUUAUUGUGGACUCUAGAUUCCUUUCUUAAUAUACAAUUUCUUUUGCACACUGGAGCACAAUAUUUCUAUGAAAGAGUCUCUCAUUCCUUAUUCACGGGCACUGGAUUAUGCUCACCUUAAAAAAAAAAUAAUUAA